AUGGUAAUAUUAGUAAAACCAAAAAUUUUUCAGAUUUCCUGCCUGAAUUACGUCUGCGGCAUGCUGCCUUUCUUCUCUGUUGAGGUGCCUGAUCAAUUUUAUCGUCUAUUCACAUCGCUUUGUUUGCAUGCCGGAAUUCUACAUUUGGCCAUUACUAUUGCCUUUCAACACGUCUUUCUAGCCGAUUUGGAGCGUUUAAUUGGGCCAAUACGCACAGCUAUUGUAUAUAUCGGCUCGGGUUUGGCGGGCAACUUGACCAGCGCUGUAUUAGUGCCAUAUAAGCCGGAGGUUGGGCCGUUGGCAUCGCUUUCCGGUGUAAUAGCCUCGCUAGUUGUAAUACUCAUACUAAUUCACUGGAAGCAUUUGCGUAAGCCACAUAUUGCGCUUUUCAAACUGAUAUGCACGGCAGCUCUGCUCUUCGGAAUCGGUACACUUCCCUGGCAAUUGAACUUUGCAGGACUAUUGGCGGGGAUAUUCUGUGGCAUUUUCUUAACCAUUGCGCUGGUGCCGUUUGUCAGCAUUACCAAAUAUGGACGAAAAGCAAAG